AUGGCGUUAUACCAACCGGCCGAGCUCAAGGCUGUAGACUUCACGAGCCCUUUCUAUGGGUCCUUGAAGAAGUUGAUACGGGGUACCACUUUGCCGACAGUGAUCAAGUCACUGAAAGAUACUGGUCGUUUCUAUGCCUUGUCCUGGACUCGCGGCAAUGCGCCCAAGACGGCGCAUUGUUUCUGGGACAGCGAUGCGUAUAAGGUUAUGGAAGCCGUGUGCUACUGGCUGAUCAAGGAGGACGAUGAGACGCUUCGUCGGGAUCUUGAGGAGUAUGUUGGCUUUGUGAGGGCAGCACAGUGGUCUGAUGGGUACAUCAACUCAUACUAUACACUGCAUGAGCCGCAAAACCGACUGACCAACCUUCGAGACAUGCACGAGCUGUACUGUCUGGGCCAUCUCGCGGAGUUCGCGGUAGCAUACCACGCUUUGACAGGCAAAUACGACCUCAUCGACGUCUGCCGACGAUAUGUUCACCUGCUAUAUGACACCGUCAUCCCGAAGAAGGGCUACUGCGGCCACCAGGAGCUCGAACUUGCCCUGAUUCGACUCUACGAGGUCACGAAUGACGACCUUUUCCUGGACACAGCCGCAUACUUCAUCCACGAACGCGGACAACGUGACAGCGAUGGCCAGAACUUCUACGACCACGAGUGUCGUGCCAGGGGCAUUGAUCCCACUGCCGAUUUCCGGAAUCGAGGGAACUUCCGCUUUCCUCGGGAUUAUGCGUACAUGCAAGCCCACAAGCCACUGGUAGAGCAGCCUGAGAUCGACGGACAUUGUGUUCGGGCUGUUUACUUCUUGACUGGAGCACUGCACUACAGUCUGAUCCGACGGGAGCGGUCGGGAGAAAUUCUAAAGGCUGUUGAGCGGCUUUUCGACGACAUGACACAGCGGAAGAUGUAUAUUACGGGAGGUAUUGGUGCCGUGGCCAGGAACGAAGGCUUUGGGCCUGCGUACUUCCUUCCAGAUCUCCAAGAAGGCGGUGGCUGCUAUUCGGAGACGUGUGCCAGUUUUGGGACCAUGAUGCUCUGUGAGCGGUUCUUGCGGGAUCGGCUUGAUUCCAAAUAUGGUGAUGUUAUGGAGACUGCGCUCAUGAACUGUGUUCUGGGCGCGUUGGCGACUGAUGGCCAGAGCUUCUACUAUGAGAACCCACUCGCAACUCAAGCCAAUAAGCCAUGGCAUCGCAGCAAGUGGUUUGACACAGCGUGCUGCCCGCCCAAUAUCGUGAAGAUAUGGGGCCUGCUGCCAACAGUGCAAUUUUCGACGAAAGGCAACACGAUCGCCAUCCAUCUGCACUACUCAAGCACAUACACGACCACCAUUGAUGGCGAAGAGGCCACAGUCAGCAUCGACAGUUCUUACCCGUUUGGCGACUCCGUGAAAGUCGUCGUCAAGUGCGCAAAGCCUGUUACGAUUGCGCUCCGGAUACCGCACUGGAGUCGGGGACAGUACGAGAGCGGUGACAGCAAGACCUCGCUCAAAGAUGGAUACAUAUACUUCGAGCAUACUGCAGACGCAAUCGCGGCAACAUCAACCCUCCAGCUCAAGUUAGCUAUGCAGCCAUAUCCGCUUUUCCCGCAUCCGUCAACGGGAAAAGACAGCAUCGCGUUCCAACGCGGGCCCUUCAUCUACUGCGCCGAAUCAAACGACAACACAGACCUCGCAUCGUUAGACAACACUUUCGUAUCACCCGAGGCAAAAAUCAAGGAGUCCGUGGUGGACGACCUGGCAGGUGCAACCAAGGUCCUGGUUUUGGACGUGGAGUGCUCGGUAAAGAAGAGCUGGGAGGAGGGCGCUGGUUCGCUGUACCAUGCCGCGAAACCCGAGUGGGAAAGUGGGAAGAAUUUGAGGUUGAUCCCGUAUUUCCUGAGGGAGAAUAGGGGCGGAGAUGGGGCAAUGCGCGUUUGGUUUGGGCGAGCAUAA